UGCUGCCGCUGCCCGCGACCAUGACAGGCAUCGCCGCCGCUUCUUUCUUUUCCAACGUCUGCAGGUUCGGUGGCUGCGGUCUUCACUUCGACUCCCUGGCCGAGCUCAUCGUGCACAUCGAGGACAACCACAUCGACACAGAUCCACGACUUCUGGAAAAGCAGGAGCAGCAGCAGCCCACAUAUGUUGCCCUCAGUAUCAUCAACAGGUUCAUGACAGACGCCGCGCGGCGAGAACACGAAGCUCUGAAGAGGAAGGCGCAGCCCAAGUUGUCUCUGUCACUGACGGGCGGUCUCUCCCGCAGCAGCGUCCCCACUCCCCCUCGCCACACCAGUGGAAAUCUCACCCCCCCUGUCACCCCACCCAUCACCCCCUCCUCCUCGUUCCGCAGCAGCACACCUACAGGGAGCGACUGUGAGGAGGAGGACGUCGAUUUUGAGCAGUCCGACAGCGAUGAAUCGUGGACAACAGAGAACGCGAUCAGCUCUGAAUCCAUCCUCAGCUCCAUGUGCAUGAACGGAGGAGACGAGAAGCCGUUCGCUUGCCCUGUGCCGGGCUGUAAAAAGAGAUACAAGAACGUGAACGGGAUCAAGUACCAUGCUAAGAACGGCCACCGAACCCAGAUCCGGGUGCGCAAGCCCUUCAAGUGCCGGUGCGGGAAGAGCUACAAGACGUCUCAGGGCCUGCGGCACCACACCAUCAACUUCCACCCGCCCGUCUCCGCUGACAUCAUCCGCAAGCUGCAGCAGUAGAGACGGAGCGGGGGAGCGGCACUUGCCUUCAGGCCACUUCCCAGACAUCUGAAGACCACCAUCACCAGCAGCGUUUUUCAGCCGAACUCUCAUUCCUCAUCCUCUACCCUCCUUUUAUUCUCUCGUCCUUAUCGCACUUUGCUAUGACACUAUUUUUGAUUGCAUGGUUAAAAUGUAUAAUUAGUCAUCCUCAGUUUGUACACAGGAUGUUAAAUAGUUAUGUAUUGCAUAUUUGCAUUUUGCACUUAUAAGAUAUCGCUUAUCAGUUCUAUUUUAUUUUGUCACAAACGGCGCUCGCUGACGACAACACCGUCAAAAAGUCCUUUCAUUCAUUUUGCAAGUUUUCUGAACCUUUUUAUUCACUGGUUUCAAAUACAUGCGAGCACCGAAGGACAAUCUCAGGUGACAUUUAAUGACGCUCCACAAUCCUGCCCGUUUUUGCUGUUCAAACAGAUGACGGCAGCUUUGUGUCACUGUUCCUAAGCGUCGAGUUCACCUUCCUUUCUGGAGAGGCGUUAAAGCACUUUUUAUAACAAGAUGCCAACAAAUAAGCCUUUUUUUUAACAGUAUCUCAUUUAUAGUGUGAAGCAGCUACUGAGAUAAGUCAACAGGCCUUCAGUGCAAGUUGCUCUAAGGGGAAAUGCACAACAAACUCUAGUAUUUCCAGUAAUGUGGGCUUGUGUGUGUGCAGUAGUUGCCUUGAACUGUAAACCACUUUUUGUAUGUCUUCAUUUUAACAGUUCAGACUAAUGGAGCUAAAUGCACAGUGCUCCUUGACUCCCCAGCCUAAACCCACAUGGUUGAUCUUUCCAUAGACGGACAAGAGAGGCAGCAUUAGCCCCGUGUUCACCAUAUUGAUAUAUUGUCGCCUACUUUGUGCCAUAAUGUCAGUCAUCUCAGACAUAAGGAACCACUGAUUUUAAAAUGCCACAGGAAUGGACAUUUAUCAAUGAGCCAUGGAUGUUCACUGCAUGGAUGUUAAGGAACUCUUGUGACAUUAUUGUACUGCCAGUAUUGGAGAAAGUCAGUGUACAGUGAAUGUAUUGACGUGUUAAGUGCAUUAAAUUAUAUUUUCAUAUUU